CGCGUGUUGAAUUUCAUGGUUUCUAUCUGAAGUGAAUACGCCAUGAAGACGGCUUUGAUGGUGGCUGAAAAGCCGUCAUUGGCGCAAAAUCUCGCUAGCAUUCUAAGCAACGGAAAAUGUUCAACAAAUAAAGCUUCCAACAACGCUUGCGCAAUUCACGAAUGGAACGGGACUUUUAAAAAUGAGGCGGUGCGGUUUAAAAUGACUUCUGUAUGCGGUCAUGUUAUGUCUUUGGAUUUCACUGGCAAAUAUAAUAAUUGGGACAAAGUAGAUCCCGUGGAAUUGUUCAGUUGCCCAACGGAGAAGAAAGAAGCUAUGCCUCGGUUAAGAAUACCGGCGUUUUUGAGCCAGGAAUCGAAAGGCUGUGACUAUCUUAUAUUAUGGCUUGAUUGUGAUAAAGAGGGAGAAAAUAUUUGUUUUGAGGUAAUGAAUUGCGUUCAAGCAUAUAUGAAAGGGGAUGUUUUCUCUCCCCAUGUAACGUACAGAGCCAGGUUCUCGGCCAUCACAGACAAAGAUAUCAAAGCUGCUAUGCUUAGCCUGGUUAGACCAAAUGAGAAUGAAUCUCGAAGUGUUGAUGCUAGACAGGAACUUGACUUACGUAUUGGUUGUGCUUUUACUCGUUUUCAAACUAAAUAUUUCCAAGGGAGAUAUGGAGACUUAGAUUCUACACUUAUAUCCUACGGUCCCUGUCAAACACCAACCUUAGGUUUCUGUGUGCAACGUCAUGAUGAAAUUCAAACAUUUAAACCAGAAACAUAUUGGGUGUUACGUGUGACUGCUUCUACUUCAGAAGGGAGGGAAUUGCCUUUGGAAUGGAAGAGGGUCCGAUGCUUUGAGAAGGAAAUUGCUAAUAUGUUCCUUGCUGGUAUCAAAGAGAUAAAGGAAGCUAUUGUGAUAAAUGUGCAAGCCAAGGAGAAAGUGAAAUCGCGCCCUGUUGCUUUGAAUACUGUGGAGCUCAUGAGAGUUGCUAGUGCAGGACUCGGUAUGGGACCUCAUCAUGCAAUGCAGAUAGCAGAGCGUUUGUAUACUCAAGGUUACAUUUCUUACCCUCGUACUGAAACCAGCAGUUACCCUGAAAAUUUCGAUCUUAUAGGGACAUUACGGCAACAGCAGAACUCAUCAAAAUGGGGCUCAGAGGUUAGAGCAAUGAUCGCGAACGGAAUCAAUAAGCCAAAGAAAGGGCACGAUGCUGGAGACCACCCUCCGAUCACUCCAAUGAAGCCUGCUUCGGAAUCAGAGCUUGAAGGCGACAUGUGGCGUAUCUAUGACUACGUGACGCGGCAUUUCAUAGCGACUUUGUCUCGCGACUGUCGAUACCUAUCUACUACAAUUACCUUCCAAAUCGGUUCCGAGACCUUUCACUACACUGGAAGCGUCUUAGUUGAUGCUGGCUACACUGAAAUCAUGCAUUGGCAGGCGUUCGGGAAAGAUGAGUUCGUACCGAUUCUGAAUGUGGACGACGUGCUGCGAGCACACGAUCACCGGCUGGUUGAAUGUCAGACCAACCCGCCAGACUACCUUACUGAGUCCGAGGAAACUUAUAAAAAAUUAAGUCCUUGGGAAAUUAAAAAGUUAAGGAAGCAAUCUAUCGAGGCGAUGGACCAACUGUUCGAAGUAAACUUUUCGUCAUUGAAAGCGAGUGGAAAGGCACUGUCGCGAUGCGGCAAAUGCAGGCGUUACAUGCGGUAUAUUCAGGCUAAACCAGCUCGUCUUCAUUGUUCCCACUGCGACGACACGUACGGUCUACCUCAGAAUGGGACAGUCCGCAUAUAUCGUGAACUCAAAUGUCCAUUGGACGAUUUUGAACUGCUCUCCUGGUCAUCCGGGAACAAAGGCAAGAGCUUCCCUCUUUGCCCUUAUUGCUAUAAUCAUCCACCGUUCAGGGAUAUGAAGAAGGGGUUCGGGUGCAACUCGUGUACGCAUCCUACGUGUCCCUACGGUGUGAACUCUACGGGCGUGUCGGGUUGCGUGGAAUGUGAUGCCGGCGUGCUAGUGCUCGACCCCGCCGCACCGCGGUGGAAGCUCGCCUGCAACCGAUGUGACGUCAUAAUCAACAUCUUCGAAGACGCGGCGCGCGUGUCGGUUUGCGAGCAGCAAUGCAGUGCAUGUGGUGCGCAAUUAGUCACUGUCGAAUACCGCGCUGAGAGAACUCGACUUCCUGCAGCUCUUACAGAGAUGACGGCUUGUCUGUAUUGUGAGCCCGCUUUUAGUGCCUUGGUGGAGAAGCACCGUGCAGUAGCGUCGCGUGCGCCGGCGGGCCGAGGCCGCGGCGGCCGCGCGCGCGCUGCUAAGCACCGCAACAAGCAACCCAAGGACAAAAUGGCGCAGCUGGCUGCUUAUUUCGUCUAGUCUCUACUAAUCUGCCAGUGUUCACUACUGAUAUUUAUACGCUAAUGAAUCUGGUUGCUACUCGUUGCGGUUUCAAAUCCGAUGCGCCGUCAAAUCAGUUUAGAAAAUGUUUUUUUCUGUACUUGGUUCUGGUCUGGGUCUAGAACCAAAAGUGCCACCGAGUUUUGUGAGUUUGGUAUACAUAGUUUAGAAAGAACCCUAGAUUGAGCCCUGGUACUUAGAUUGUUUUACUAAAUGAAUUGUCUACUGGUAGAUGUUUCUAAGUUUUAUAAGAGAUUUCAUACACUUAGUAUGAAAACCAAUUUUUUUUAUUCUCAAUUCGCGAAAAAUAUGUCAUUUGUACCAUACUAUAUGCUCAUUCAAAU